AUGGCAUCCUCCACGUCAUUCGCCUUCUCCACCGCCCGGAGCUUCCCCACCGCCUCCCCCAACCAUCGUCCCCAGCUCCGGAUCUCCGCCGCCGCCGCCGGAGUUACCGGCCACGCCGCGCCGCCGCAGGCGGAGGCGUCUUUCUACGAAGUCCUGGGGAUCCGCACGGGCGCCACGUGCCAGGAGAUCAAGUCCGCGUACCGGAGCCUGGCGCGGGUCCUGCACCCGGACGCCGCCGCAGGCGGCGGCGCUCGGCCGUCGGCGGACGAGUUCAUGCGCGUGCACGCGGCGUACGCGACGCUGUCCGACCCGAAGAAGCGGGAGGCGUACGAUCGGUCGCUCCUCCGGUGGCCGCGGGCGGUGGCGAUAUCGUCGGCCGGCGGCUUUUGUGUCGCGUCCGGGGGGAGGCGGACCUGGGAGACCGACCAGUGCUGGUAG